AUGAUACCAUCGGAUAGUAUACCGGAUAUCAUAAGUAAUAAUCAAAUAAAUGUUAUUAGAUUAGUAAACCCGGGUUAUAUUGGUGGCGGUGGUAGUACCGGAAGUGGGUGUAUAAUUAACAAACAAUACGGUCUAUUGGUUACCAAUGUUCAUAUAGCUAAUGAUAUAAGACAAUUGAAUUGCCAUUAUUUGAUAAAAACUAGUGAUAAUAAAAUCAUUAGUCGUUAUCGUAACGGACGGGUACUAUACUGUGAACCGUAUCGUGAUUUAGCACUCGUUAGCCUAGAGUUUACUGGCAGUGAUGACAAAGACAACGAACUGACCGAUCAGUUUGUAUUGGCCGACCAGAAACCGGCCGAUUUUGGCGAACAACUUAUCUGUAUUGGAUAUCCCAAACCAUACCGUUUACAGAGUAUGACUUUAGGCUAUGUUUGUUGCGGUCGGCGGACGUUUAAUGAGACAAUGUUUUCGUAUAGUGUCAGCUCUUUUAUACACCAUUCCAGUGGUACUAUUUCUGGCUAUUCUGGUGGACCAUUGAUCGAUGAAAUGGGACGGUUAGCCGGCAUUCAUCACAUACUAUAA